UUGCCCAAUGCCCAGAGCCUGCCAUUUUGUAAGAUAGAAGGGAGAUAAAAAAUAGUUUUAUGGUGUUAAAAUUUUACAAAAACUCCGUUGCCAUUUGUCUUAGGGCCAAAAACAAAUGUUUAAAUGGACGCAUCGUCCAUUAUAACUCAGGUGUCACGGGAUGACGAGCAAUUAAACAAUUAUGGAUCCGACAGAGGGUCAUCCCCUGGCGGGCAGCAUAAUGAGGGGGAUGUCACGCCGGUUUCGGGGUCUGCCCCAAUGGGUAGUAAAAAGUCCAGCGGAGGCGGCGGGUUCCUGCGGUCCCUGCUGUGCUGCUGGCGCGGCGGGCGCGGCAAGGGCCCGCCCGGCAGCAAUGGCGCGAACAGCAUCGAAGGCCGGGCUUCGCCGCUCCCGCAGGAGCGCGGGCUCCUGGUCAUGGACCACGCCCCCCGGCCGCUGUUACCACCAGUGAGACAUCAGGACAUGCAUAAAAAGUGUAUGGUCAUUGAUCUUGACGAGACGUUAGUUCACAGCUCAUUCAAGCCGAUAAACAACGCAGACUUCGUGGUGCCUGUCGAGAUCGACGGCGCGGUCCACCAAGUGUACGUCCUAAAGCGACCGCAUGUCGACGAGUUUCUGCGACGCUGCGGCGAACUUUACGAGUGCGUGCUCUUCACCGCGUCGCUCGCUAAAUACGCCGACCCCGUGGCUGACCUUUUGGACAGAUGGGGCGUGUUCCGCGCUCGUCUAUUCCGCGACAGCUGCGUGUUCCACCGCGGCAACUACGUCAAGGACCUGAACAGCCUCGGACGCGACCUGCGGCGCGUCGUCAUCGUCGACAACUCGCCCGCCUCUUAUAUAUUCCAUCCGGAUAAUGCUGUACCUGUCGCGUCAUGGUUCGACGACAUGACAGAUUCAGAACUUUUGGACUUGAUACCGUUUUUCGAGAAACUCGCAAAGGUGGACAGUGUAUACACAGUGUUGCGGAACUCGAACCACCCGUACAACCCGACGGCACACAGCUCGCCCGGCACAUAGCGCGGCGCCCGCCACCCCUGCGGCCUGCCCGCGUCCCGGGCCCCGCGCCGGGCCCCCUGCGGCCUGGCCGCGCCCCGGGCCCCGCGCCGGGCCCCCGGGGCCCUGUGUGCUGGGCCCCGCCCGGCGUCCGCCGCCACCUUCCUCCAAACACUCAUCAAGAAAGGAGCGAACUUCGUCUUAAGUGCCAAUUUUGCCUUCUGGAUAGUGAGGACAUUAUUUCUACCUAUUUUACAUUUUAGGUAUUUCUUAGUGCGUAAGUGGUCUGUAUGAUGGAUUUGUGAUGAUAAUUCUUUAUUUAACAUUUCCACUCUCUGGUGAGCUUGCAAACGAAGUGUUCGUAUAUAUUUGGACGUAAUUCUAUCGAUAUUUCUCGGGCUGACUAACGUAAUGUUUAACGUGUAUUUUUAAAAUGCAAUCGUCGUUCAUUGAUUUCAUUUUCAUAACUAUUCGACAACUUAUAUCGUGCUUGGGAUCAAAUACAGAUAAGUUAGGAUAUGUUUACCUUCGUGGUUGCAGUUUAUUAUGUAUCGCUCAUUUCUGGUGUUUUGUCAGAAUUGAUAGGAAUCGAUAAAUACCUAGGACAGGUCGCAUCUCUAUGAUUUGCCUUCGACUUUGACUACAUAUAUAUGGAUGUUUAACUAUAAAUUGAUAGACUUGUAACAUAAUCACGAAUUCUAAAAUUCGACUGCAAUUUAAGCAUUAGUAUCCAGCACUAGUGAAAUGUGUAAAUAUUUUUAUAAGAGAGUAAUAAUGAUGGUCGCCGCUUGAAUCAUGGUUAGAGUUAAUGGUUAAUGUACAUACAUUUAUAUAAUAUAUGAUAAACAAUUGAAUUGUAAGAGAUUCGCUCGUGGCAGAACAAUAGCACUUAAGGUGAACAGCGUCGCACUCGCCGUGACUCGUGUUACAUUCGUACUCUUAAUAACAUUAAUAAAUAGGAUUAUAAUUAAUUAUUUUAUAAGAAUAUCGAGAGUUAUGAGAAUUAUUUAUUCAACAAAAUAUUAUUUUAUAAAAAAUGAAUUUACAUUUUGUAUCUAAUUUCUAAGUAAAAAUACUUAUUUACGUAUUAUUGUAAUGAUUUGUGAACUUUUGAAUAAAGGAUAGUCGAAAGUGAAGUGUCAAUUAUUAAGAAGUGAAGUAAUACGGGUCACUUGAAGGUUUGUGCACAUUAGACGGCGUAUUGAAUUAUCCCACAUUUCAUGUAACAUAUUAUUAACUUUAGUGUGUACAUACCUUUGUGUUUUACGGUAAAACUCCCCCCUAAGUAGUUAUUGCAUUGGUGACAAUAAGGAGUCAAUCGCGACAGUGUCAUAUGAGUGUUUUUUUUUUAAAUAAUUAAUUAUGAAUUAAAUACUUUUAAUUGUAUGUUACACACGGGUGAACGUAGUAUCAGAUCAACUUGGCAUCUAAACAUAUUCAUUAUGUUGUUUCUGCUCCUGCGUAGAUUGUGACGUCACUGGCAAAAAUCUAAAUAUUAUGCCCGAUACUAUAAAUUUUAGCAACUCUAGAUCAAACAUAAGAACAUGUAUUCUAUCCUUCUUUGGGCAUUUGAUUGUCACAAUUCCUACACGAGUAGAACUCAACGCGUGCUUAAAAAUAUUAUAAUAAAAUUCAUCAUCUCAGUAUUAAUCUAGCUUUGUAGUAUUUGAUGCCAUUUUUUACAAAAAAUAAAAUAAAAACUUAAAUGAUAUAUAUGAAUUUUAACGAAAUAUUUUUAUGAUGGCAAUAUUUUUGUAUGGUAAAUUAUUCGGUAUCAAGUAUUACCAACGUCAUGUUCCGACUGCAUACGAGGUUGAAGCGAUAUUAUACAUAGAACGUGUACAACGGACGAGGGAUUAUUAACGUAAUUAACAAAAAUGUUUAUUGGAUAUGGAAACCUUUUUUUUUUAGUCCAAAUUUAGCAUUUAUUGUAUCGGGAAAUCGGCGUUUUAAUGCAUUUGUUUUGCGUUGAAGCGAAACGUCCGGGACAAGUCGGUGAAGCUCAAUAUUUCCGUCUACCUUUAAUAUCGUAAAUAAUAUAAUCGUAUAUCUCCUUGCUUCAAAAUGCGGUCGCAACAUUAAAAUUUCAAAAUUUUCUAUCUGACGUACGUAAGAAUUGAUUAAAUUAGGUAAUACUAAAUGGUGCUUUCAGUAUUAGUUGAUUAAGCAGCUCGAAAUUAUUGUCUGUUAAGUAAACUACGCACAUUCGGUUUAUACUAUUGGUAUAUAAAAAUUUACAUACUGAGAAACACAAUUGGUUGACAAAAACUUGAACUUUGAAUAAAAACUCCUUGGCAUAUUCACGCCAUGUAUUUAUUUGUUUUAAUUGCUUAGCAAAAAGGUUUCAUUGUUUUUGUAUUAUCUUUUGAUGUCGAACUAUUAUUGUUUGUAGGAGCUUGUAAAUAAGAUUUUUAUUAACUUAACUGAUAAAAUUGAAGUUUUUUUUUAAGGUAUCAAUGUAGUUGAUCACUUUUCUCUUAAUAUACGCGUUAGUUUGUUAUUUAGUGACUACACACACAGGUGUAUGUAUGCCUGUAGCGACAUCAGUAAUUUCAGUAGGUGGUUGGGUGAGGAAGGAGUUAGGUAAUUACCACAAAGGAUAUUGACGAAUAUCACAAGAAGACAAGAAGAAAUAGUCGUAAACUGCAAGUAAAUCUUCCUUCUCGUUCUCUUCUGUUCACCAGCCACCUACAAUAUACCACAUACAUUUAGGUAUAUAUACGCUUAUUGCUAGGUGUAUCCUUGAUAUCAGCAGAUUCACUGUUCGCUUGUAAUCCACGUUGCAGAGGCCAUAUAAGUUAGACAAUUAUAGUCCUCCGAAGCCAAUCACUACGUAAAAAACUUCCACUAUUUGAAAUAACGGACGCACAUUCUAUUCUUGACAAGUUCAAAGGCGGGACAUAGACAUUCGAGGUUCAUUAGUGAAAUAAUUCAGUUUAUUAUAUCAGAGAGUAUUAUUGGUGAUAAACGGACUGUUUCGAUAGAAAUCUAGUGAUGAUCGAUCGUGUUUUUGACGUAAAAAAUGUAAUUAGAUUGUACUAAAUGUGCGCCCGUUUAGGCUGUGUGCACAUUAUUGAAAAUUAUUUAGUCUUAAACCUACAUUCGAUAAGUAAAUGCAAAUUUUAAUAUUCUAAAUGCUCCUGCGACUGAUUUGUACGACAUUUUUCAUAAAUGUGGACGCGGCUUUACAUUGUUCGCCAUGUGGAUUACAAUGAUAAACACAAAAUAUCGUCAGUCGUCACGACGUCACCAUAGACCCACGUAGACAGCAUUUAUUUGUAAGCAUUAACAUAGACGUAGGAUGUUAUAGUAAUAUAUACGUUGAUUUCUAUAGACUUAAGCAUUCUGUUGUUUUAAAUGACGCGUUUUCUUAUAAAUGUAUUUAGCUUGAUAGGAACCACCUCCCUGUGACCAUCUUAUUUAACUACUAUCGAUUUUAAUAUUAUCGUAUUUUUUUAUCGUCCAACAAUGUUAUUUAGGAGAAUAAUUGUUAACGUUUAUUUAAAAAUGCAUGCAAUAAAAUUCGAUUGAUAUUUUGCUAUUAAUAAAUAUCGUAUUUUUAAUAAUGGGUAUAAAAUAAUAAAAGUAAUACUUUAUGUCUAACAUUAUAGCGAGAAUUUGUUUCGUUGUUGUAUCAUUAAUUUGGAUUUUUUAUGUAAUUUAACAUUGCUAUGUAUAAGGACUUAUGAAAUUGAAAUGUAUAUGCAAUAACUUGUUUUUUUCUUGUAAUUUUUCUGAAUGAGCUUAUUUGUUGAAGUAAUUGUUUGAGAUUGUUUCUAUCGGUGCUUUUAAUGAGUAUUUGAUGUAAGUGAUACUCGGUUUUUACCGCAAUAGUUUAUUUCUACAAUAAGUUAUCGAUCCCCAACCCAAUACUGUUGGUUAUGGUAAUUAUCACAUGGAUAAUGGUAAGGUGAAGGCCGAGUGUCAUUUAUAUUUAAGUCGAAUUGUAAGAAGUUGAACAGCUGGUCAUUAUUUUCAAAUGGAUGCAAUUUGUGUCGCAUUACGUUCCGCAAUACCCAAGAUAACGAUUAAUAUUUUAAGGUGAUAGAUACCUAUUGUGAUCACGCGACAAGAAUUGCAAAGCAGAAUUUAUUUUAUUACACACACCUUUAAUUGCUUGUAAACAAAGUACAAAAUACAUUGCUGGUUUUAACGUUACGAACAAAUCUACGAGUCAGUUAUUACGAUUCUUUAAGUAAGGUUGUGCUUAUGCUGUACCACAUAUCUUUUGUAUUUGAGUCGAUCGGUCAUCAAUCUUGCCUCUAGAAAGUAAAUUAUGUAAAAAUACUCUCGAAUUUUAUAUACACUUGAUAAAAACAAUAGCUACCCACCUGUCACUGCCUUAAACUAUGAGAUUGCCCCAAAAUUUAAUCUAUACCUGGAGCGGUAUAUCGAGUUUAUAUUACAUGGAAUAUUUAUAUGUAUAAUGUAAUUGAUAAAUUGUAUGCAAUAUUAGAUUUCCUCGUAUCGUGUAAAAAAAUAUGUAUUAAACUUUUUUACGCGAGGCUUGCGUAUCUCUCUAAAUUAUUAUUGUGACUUGCAAUGAAGGAAUACAAAGGAUCGGUAUUGUAGUCAUUUUUCUACAAAAUAUACGUUCUUUUAACGCAUCACAUCACGCCUCUAUUGAUCUCUUUACCGCCUCGCUGCGCAAAUAAAAUUGUCACCCAGACACCUGAUAAAAUUUUAAUACUCAAUGUCUUUAGUUUUAAUAUUAUUUCUUAAAAAGCUCUGAUCGAAGCUGACGGCGCGUCCGUGGCGGUGAAAAGAUUUACGCCUAGCAAUAUUUUUGUUGCAAAAUAUCUAUGCAGUGGCUGUUUCCCAUGAAGCAUAUUUAUGUGAAAGUUUGUAUUUUAGCCUCGCUUAAAAACGUUACUAUGUCAAUUUACCGCUCUUCCCCAUAAAGACGUGUAUACUUGUGUAUUAAAGAUUUUAUAAUAUAUCCCAGAAUAUGCUUAACGGAUGUAACUUCCAGCUUAUAUAAAAUAAACAGUGCAAUAUUCUUUCUUUAAAAAAUAUACAUAAAAUGUAUUCUGGACUUUAAAGCUUUACAUUUAAGAUUCAAUUUCACGUAACAAUGAAUUUUAACAAUAAAUAGAAGUUGGCAUAUUGUAGAUAUAUUGUACAGCAUUACGGGGACUCGUUUUAUAGAAAUACAAGACGGUUGUAAUUCUGGUGUGUUAUGUAUUUUUAUAAAGUUGCGUCCGUAUCGGUAUUGUGAACAUUUUGUACCUAUCAGACUAGGCACGUGAGAGGACUAUAAUUAUAUUUAUGUAAUAAUAGCCAUGAAAAUAAUAGGGGGAGACACGAGAGUAGCUAGGUAACAUUUACCUGAGACGAAAUUUAUAUAAUGGUGUACAUUUUUGAUAUGACGUUGUACAAAAGAGACAUUUGGUAUGUUAUUUUAUAGGAAUGAAAUAAAUAGCCUUAAUAAACAA